AUGGCCUCGAAAACUUUUGCCAAAGUGGAAGAUGUCGAGAUUCAACUGCAUGAAUUAGAUGCUUCCAAGGAAGCAUGCGACCGGACCAGCGCCUCGACAUAUGAUGGAGAUGCCCGUGACAACAAGACCAAUGCUUUCAUAAAGGAAUGGGAUGCUCCUGACAACCAGGAAAAUCCCAGAAACUGGAGUGCCUUGAAGAAGGCUCGUCAUAUCAUCCCAGUGGCGCUGCUUUGCCUAAGUGUCACGGCUGGCUCAUCCAUGAUCACACCUGGUGUCUUCGCAAUAUCAUACAAGUUCCAAGUAUCUCACACUGCCGCAAUACUACCUCUAUCCUUAUUCGUCCUUGGACUAGCCAUUGGUCCAAUGCUUGCUGCCCCCAUCUCGGAAACUCGCGGUCGAGGCAUUGUCUACAAAGUCAGCAUGCCGCUGUACAUGCUUUUCAUUCUCGGCGCCGGCUUCUCGAACUCUUUUGCGGGUUUACUCAUAUGCCGCAUUCUCGCAGCAAUGGCUGGUGCUCCAUGUCUCGCUGUAGGAGCAGGCACUGUCGCUGAUCUCUUUGAGCCAAGUAAGAUGGCUGGCCCAGGCGCUCUCGUGGUGAUGGCACCAUUCUUGGGUCCUUGCCUUGGACCAGUCAUCGGAGGCUUCUCAGCCACAUAUACAGAGUAUCGAUGGACGCAGUGGUCGACAAUCUUCCUAGCACUGGCUGCGUACAUUCUCGUCCUUCCAACAUCCGAAACCCACCGAGGAGUACUGCUCAAAAGAAAAGCCAAGAAAAUGAAUCGCCCACCACCGGAGCCAGAGCUCGCGCGGAAGGAUGCCAUCAAGUUGCUCCUCACCAUCACUCUCUUCCGCCCAAUCCGCAUGCUUGUCUCGGAGCCCAUCGUUCUCUUAUACUCCAUUUACAACGCAUUCACUUUCAGCGUGUUGUUUGCUUUCUUUGAGGCUUAUCCGUUUGUGUUCAUGGGAGAAUAUGACUUCCAGAUCUGGCAGUACGGUCUAACGUUCUUGGGAAUUGGUAUUGGCGUGCUGCUUGGCGCGCUCGGCGCGAUUCUGGUUGAUCGUUUGGUCUAUCAGAAAAUUGUGAAGGAAGGUGGAGAUCGCAUCAGAAACAGAGGACCCGAGCAAAGAUUGUACAUCGGUAUGAUCGGUGAUCUCUGUCUCCCCAUUGGGUAA